CGGGGCUUUCGGCGACGUUUGCUGGGGAUCGAUCGGCACAAAUCAGCAAGUAGCAAUCAAGCUGAUGUCGGGCGAACUUACUCCGGCCAAGCGCCGCAUGUUCAUUACCGAGGUGAACGCGCUGAGCAGACUCCAUCACGCCAACCUCGUGCAAUUGAUUGGAUACUGCGACGAGGGAAAUCGUUCCAUCUUGGUCUACCCCUACUUCCCGGGCGGCAGUCUGUACGCUCACCUUCACAAAAGAGAGACAGCUGUGCCCGGUAGACCCCUUCUCCCGCCUCUGACGCUGAUGAAGCGAUUGUGCAUCGCCUUGCAGAUCGCCAAGGGGUUGGCCUACCUUCACGACGGUGCCGACCCCCCGAUCAUCCACCGGGACAUCAAGAGCAGCAACGUGCUUCUUGGCGAUGGCGCCGGGAAGAAGCUGCGGGUCGUUGUAGUGGACUUCGGUCUGGCAACCAUCGGAGAGAGGGUGUUCGGGACAGAACACGAGACCGUGGUAAAGACCUCGCACAUGGCGGGAACAAUCGGGUACAUGGCGCUCGAGUACAUUCGGUCAGGGAUUCUGUCGGAGAAGAUAGACGUGUACGCCUUCGACGUGAUCCUGCUGGAGCUGCUGACGGGGAGAAAGGCGAUGUCGCCGGCAGCCUCUGGCGUGGGUUGGCUGAUGCUUGUGGACUGGGCGAGACCUCUCCUCGAAAAUGCCGAUGGGGGUACAGAAGCGACGAUGCUGUCCGAGAUCCUGGACCCUUGCUUGCGGGAUCAAGCGGAGGAGCUGUCAUUCAAUCGCGUGGUGAUUGAGACGUUGCGCUUGGCGGCAGAAUGCGUCGUUGAGGACUACGAAUCGAGGCCUAAAAUGAGCUUAUUAGCCGCCCAGAUUGACAGUCUGCUCAACGAAGCAAAAGCCAAGGGAUGCUGCUUUAGACCUAUGGCCGGGGGAGGACAGAGGAAGCUACAGUCUUCCCCCGAAUACAACGUACGGUCAUUAUAACUGAAUUUAGACGGACAGAUAGACCAAAUUCAGCUACAAUGACCGUA